AUGAACGGCGCACAAUCCCCAGAUGCACAGAAGGCUUUGAAUGCCAACAGCAACGGAUCAAACAGCAACAAUAGCAGCCUGGCGGCUAAGAAGCGCAAGAAGGAUCUAAAGCCUAUCAUCACCAUGGAAGAUACAAGCCAGACGGAUGGUAAUUUGUACGCUGGCCUUUUGUACGAGCUACGACGUCACCAGCAUAUUUUGGUUCUCGACUUGCUUAUGUCUCGCGAGUGGCGAGGACGAUGGCGGUUCCAACAAAACAAACAUGAUCCUAUUCAGGUGUUCAAGAAACACCCAGCAAAACAUGGCGUGGCAUCCUGUAUCACCUCACAGAGAAGAGCAGUGAAGCAGGUUCAAACAAGUGUGGAUAUUGCUCACGGCGGCAUUGUUCCCUCUGCUCUGAGUCUGAGUCUUUGGAGGACUGUGGGCUUGGGCCUUGAUAGGACGACACGACCCCAUAAAUAUUGGGCACUCACCAACCUUGAAUCCGUCGAUCGAUCACUGGGUCCUCUGUACCUGAUCUCUGCCUGCCCUGUUUGCCUUGAUAGAGGUGCACUUGGUCAUUCGCCGACUGCAUCUUUCGAGGUGCCUGGGAUUGCUCUUGGCUAA